GGUUGACCUGAUUGAUAUAUGGGUCAGAUUCCAUUAAGGUUCGGAACAUAAACAUGACCAUCAUGCAGUCUCACCAGCCUGCUGAUCCUAUCAAGAUUAAGAAGCCUGAAACAUAAACGCGUCUCCCAACAUUUGUACUCGUGCAGUCAUCGGAGCAUAAACCCGUCAUGCAAACUGCACCUACCAUCAAGAAGAGGAGUUUGUAGACUAGCUCAUCCGAACUCUAUACCUCUCAAACAACAACAACUCCAUACACUGUGAAGGACCCCAAGAUGGCAAGUGUGGUACACGUGAUUGUGCUUGCUGGUAACUCAUUUUGGGACGUGUUAUCAGUAACUCAAAACACUGCCAGAGCUCAUAACAGAAACAAAUCAUGGUGGAUAUUUGGAGAUCAUUGUAAUGACAAGGAAUCAAAGCAUGCUGGCAUGUCUGUCUGCAUAUGCAGUCUGAGCUGUUUCCCAGAUUACUGGAGGGACUUUGUUGGCAUAGAGUGUAUUAAUAAAGGCAUGAAGGGACUAAGAAUUAAAAAGACAUUCAAAAGAAUUCCUCAACUAAAAUGCCAAAGUGAAGGAUUACAUUUUGCUGUGUUUUUAAAAGAAUUGCUAAAUUCAGAUAAAUACAAAUUCUCAGUGUUUCAACAGUGGAUACUGAAGUUUAAGCAGAAAUAUUCUAACAAUAUUUCAAGUGAAUGUAAUGAGCAUUUAAUAAUUUGGUGGACUUUGAAAGAUCAGAUACCUUAUAUUAUUGAUGAUAAGUGGUGUUUUCGAAUGAAUCGUUGUGCUCAAGAAUGGCAGCACCUCGACAGCAUCAUGUCUUGGCUUUCUACACUGGGUGGUGCAUGCUCUGCACUUGGAGACUAUAACACCCAUUUUGCAGACAGAGCAUGGGCAAUAUCUCUCAAGCAGAUGGAUAUUGCACUCCGCCUCGGUGAUCCUAACAUUAUCUCUCGAUGCAGACUCUAUGCUGCCAUAGCUCUCAUUCAACAGUGUAAGUUUAAGUUAGCAGCAGUAGUGAUAAAAACUGAAUACCAAUGGGUUAAGUCUUUGCCUGAAGAAGUAAGAGAUCAGCGGUUGGUGAACAUGUGCCAUGGGAUCUGGACCAAACUUCAGCACGAACACAAAUUAUAUCAUAUGAAAAUAAAAUAACUUCUCCAAAAUAGCAUUAAGCUCUAAAUACAGCAACUUUAUUGUCAGAGUACCAUGAAUACUGGAAGCUUGCAUUAUUAAAUUUAUUUCUAAAUAUUGUACAGUAAAAAAAAAAAAAAUUCUGCAAGAAUCGUGAUUCUUGUCUCGGCUGGUUUGUCCCUUGAAAAUUACAAAUACAUGUAAAGAAAUUCAUGGCUAUUGAACUUUUGAUGAGUAAUUCGUGUGCUAUCAUACAGUAAAUUGUGAUUGUUGGAGGAACUUUAUGAGGGAUGAGUUCACACAUUUCUGUUAAUUUUAUAAAACUUAUACAGUAUGUCAAACAGAACCAUAUUUAUAAUACUGUACUGUACUAUGUUUACAUGUUCUAAAAUAAAUUUCAUAUCUGCUCUAGUAUUUUGUGCUACUCUUGUCAUUUACAUGAAUAUUAUACAUCCUAGUCUGUUGCUCAUUCUGCUACAAACUGAUCACCGAUAUAAAUUCAGCAUCCUUUCUUUAUUCUCACGUUCAAUAAUAAUAACAACACUCUGCAGAAGGCCAAUUGACCUAUGUAAUUCAGCUAUUUAUACCUUAAUAUUUCAACCACAUUUCACAACAAAAAUUUGCCACCAUUUUGUGGCUUGUGCCUCGAUAUGAUGUGCAAGCUCAAGAACUUUGAAGGGUAGUUAAGUGGCUUGUGAAGCUCUUCUCCUGGGCUGUGGAAAGAAGUGACAAAACAUUGUCUUGAGAUACUAUCAAUGUGUUUUCUGUGCAUAGGAUAGUACUGUACUAUAUAACUUUCCGGGCUUAGUGCAGAGGGAACCAUAUAUUACCCCAGUUCCGUUCAUCUAGGAAUCAAGGGUUGCAGCUCCUUGAUGCAACAACACACUUCAUUGGUUAGGGGAUGGAUAAAACAGGAGUUGGUUCAGUUCAGUUCCUGGUGUGCUUCCUCUCCUCAUUGGUGACGUGCAUAUACUGUACUAUUCCUACUAUAUAUAUACCAAUGUAUUGGCAUUUGAAUAUUUUUGCAGUACAAAGAUUGCUCAUAAGUUUGGAUCAUAUGGGGCAUCUGAACUAGAAGUUCUUGUGUACUGUACAUGUAAAAUAUACAAUAAUUUUUUGAACCCCAACCAAUAUUUUUUAAUUGCAUUAUAGUACUGUAGUUUCAAAUAAAUGAAUUAAAAUUAAUUUAUACUUGGUGGA